AUGUGCAGCGCAGCAGAAGUGCAGCAGCAGCAGCAGCAGCAGCAGCAGCAGCAGCAGCAGCAGCAGCAGGCGUGGGUGCUGAGGGGCCUGCGGCUGUGGGAAAGUGCAGAUUUGGUGCACGGAGAUUUGCUGCUGCUGCUGCUGAAGCCCCGUUUGCUGCUGCUGCGGCUCUUUGAAAAGAAAAAAGAAGAAGCUGCUGCUGCUGCUGCAGCAGCAAAAGGCAUCACCAGGGCCCAGCGAAAGGCCCAGAUUUAUACUUCUUUCAUAAAAGCCCUCGCAAAGCAAGUGUCUCUACCCCAGCCGCUGCUGCGCUCUUUUUGCCGCCUCAGUUUUGCUGCAGCGCAGCAGCAGCAGCAGCACCAGCAGCAGCAGCUGGAGCAGCAGCAGCAGCAGCAGCUGCAUGCUUUUGAAAGGCCCUUUUCCUACUUUUGUCUCUAUCAGCCUGCAGCAUCGCAGCAGCAGCAGCUGCUGCUGCAGCUGCAGGUUUUGUGUUUUCUUUGUUCUCAAACAGCAGAUUUGCUGCACUUCUUAGCAGCAACUAUAAACUGGCAGCAGCAGCUGCUGGAGCACAAGCAGCUGCUGCCGCCGCAUCAGCAGCAGCAGCAGCAGAUAUCAUUUGUCCCCGUCAUUGUGUCCAGAAGUGCCUCAGCUGGUGCUGCAGCAUCUGCAGCAGCUGCAGCAGCGCAGCAGCAACUCGGGACAGAAGACACGAUAGUGAUUCGUUUGGCUGCGGGAGAGCCCCGGCGGCGAUUGGCCUGCUGGAGUUUGCAACAGCUGCUCUGCUUCUCAGAGACCCUAUUCAGGCUCACGGAGACUUUCAGCGACUUCAACAAUGCUGCAGCAGCCGCAGCAGCAUGCAACGCCCGCAGCAGCAGCAGCAGCAGCAGCUGGGGCUGCAGCUGCUGCAGCAGGAAGCAAACCGAGCUGCUGCUGUCUGAAGAAGGGGCCCCACGGGGGGGCCCCCUGACUCCGAAGCAGCUGCUGCUGGACCUUCUAGAGGCCCUCUGCGAGGCCCCACAGUACCUGGGCGACUUCACAGCAGUGCUCGGGGCUGCAUGCGAAUUGCAGCAGCAGCAGCAGCAGCAGCAGCAGCAGCAGCAGCAGGGGGAGGAGGCCCUCAAGGAGGCCUCAGACUACUUGCCGCCGCAGGAACUCCAGAUUGCUGUUGCUGCUGCACUGCUGCAGGAGAUGAGAGCAGCAAAGAGGCGAAUCUCAGAAGUAGAGGCCAUGUCUCCAGCAGCAGCAGCUGCUGCAGCAGCUGCUGCUGCUGCAGCAGCAGAGGAAGAGACGAAAUCCCCAGAAGACCCGCUGCUUGCUGCUUCAAGGCCUCCAGAGGAAACCUCGGUAGUAGAUGGGGCAGCAGCUGCUUCUCCUGCUGCUGCUGCUUCCGCUGCUGCUUCUGCUGCUGCUUCUGCUGCUGCUACUCCUCUCAGGGGCUCCAUAGAUUCCAUAGAUUCCCAGGGGCCCCUCGUGGUAAACCCUAGGGCCUUUACGCAGCAGCAGCUGGGGGCCCCCCCGUCCAUGUCUUUGCAUUCCAGCAGCAGCAGCAGCAGCAGCAGCAGCAGCAGCAGCAGCAGCAGCAAUGACAGGGACGCCAGCAGCUGCAGCAGCUGCAGCAGCUGUAGCAGCUGCAGCAGCUGCAGCUGCUACAGCUGCAGCAGCUUCAGCGGAGACCCAAAGAACAGCGAUUUCGAAAAUGAAAGCAGCAGCAGCUUUUCAGCAGCAUCUGCAGGGCCUGCUGGUCAGUUAGACGUCCUUGCAGCAAAUCCAAGUGCUGCUGCUGCUGCUGCUGCUGCAAGGAUAAGCGGCUCAAAAGAAGCACAAGGAACCGCAGCUUCUUUGCUGCGACCGGCAGACGCAGCAGGAGCAACAGCAGCAGCAGCACAAUCACAACUUGCAGCAGCAGCCGCAACAGCACCUGCAGCAAAAGCCCCAGCAGCAGCAGCAGCAGCAGCAGCAGGUGAGUUGAAGGAAGAAGCAUUCUUCUCGCCACUAGAAGGGGGAGUUCUUUCUCCAGGAAAUUUGUCUCCUUUUUUUUCUGUCUGUUUUCAAGAAGAGACAAUUGGGUUUGAAGAAGCAGCAGCUCGGCUGUGCAGCAGCGAGCCGCACAGCAUUCUCGAGUCGCAGCAGCAGCAGCAGCAGUUGCUGCAGCAGCAGCAGCAAUUGUUGCUUCAGCAACAGCAAUUGUUGCUGCUGCAGCAGCAGAAGCUGCAGCAGGAGCAGCAACUCCAUCAGCAGCAACAGCAGCAGCAGCAACACCAGCAGCAGUUGCAUCAGCAGCUAAGGCAUCAGCAGCAACAGCAGCAGCAACAGCAGCAGCGACAACUGCAGCAGCAACAACAGCAACAACUGCAGCAGCAGCAACAGACACAGCGUCUGCGUACCGACUCGGAAGAAGAGAUCCUCAGGGCCACAAUGCUGCGGCAGCAGCUGCAGCAGCAGCUAAAG